GUAUCUCGACCUUCAUCGCCUACCUCGCGCGAUCUUAGUCUCUUCGAUUUUUGAUUCGCUUCUAAUUAGCGCUCUUCUAAAUUCUAAACCUUGAAUCGGGCCACGACUUCGUUCGAUUUUCGUUCUUCUCUUUCGUUUGAUCCCAAAUACGACUCCCUUGGUCAUCUUUACAUAUUCUAGGUUUAGGGUUUCGAUUAGGUUCCCGAAGAGUCUGUAAUCGUCUAAUCUCUUGUACGUUUGAUACAUAUUUUUUUGUUUCGAUUUGCGUUCAUCAUAUAUCUCCUUCUGAUUUCACAUAAUAUUCCCUAUCGCUCACGAAUUUAAGGUUUCGAAGCGCGACGUUUUAGGGUUUCUCUUUCUGUAAAUUUGUCUAGAAUUCUUUAAAUUGUUUGAGGGGUUUGACUCCUUUCGUUCGUCUCCGGCUCUUUCGCCCUCUUCUGGGUUCUAAUUUCGCGCUUUGCACUGUUGGUUGAUAAUCUAGGGUUAGGGUUUCAAACAUAUUAGGGGUUUCUUAAUUUGGUGAAAUUGAGUUUGGGGAUACAGGUCCUUGACGUGGAAAAACCGCCUUUGGUGUGCAAUUCCUUAUCGAUUUGUCUUUAAUUAGAUUUUGAGUUUUCCCUUGGACCUUAAUCUGCCCUCCCAAGUGCUGCGUUGACUGUUUGUCAUCACUGAAUUUUAAGGAGCUGAGAAGGAUCAGAAUGGGAUUUAAACGGUGUUUUGAGGCCAAUGAUUUUGAGGAUCUUCCUUGCAACAAGGCAAAACGUUUGGAAUGCAUUGAUAAGCUGGUUUCAUUUGCUGAUGCGGAUACUCUCAAUAAUGGUCCAGUGAAGCCUAUUGCUUCAGGGAAAGAUGAGGAUGGCUUUUACAAUAUUCAGUGGUAUGAUGCGGUUGAACCAGAGACUCUCACUGGAGCUGCACAUGCUGGUGAGAAGGAUAUUGAGACCGGUGGCAAUUUCAGCAGCAGUUAUGGUGAGGAUGGUUCUGGCUCUGGGGGAACAUCAUUGUGUGCUUCUUUAGAUUCCUUCGAAUUUGAUUUUCCACAGAAAGCAAGUGUUCCUUUGGAUGAUGCCUAUUCAGUUCCCAAUAGUUUCCCAAGAAGACAAGUUCCUGUUGGACCAAAUCAUCAAGCCACCAUUCCAGUCUGGAAGGGAAGAGGGAAUGGGAUAUCAGGGUCAACAGGCACCUAUAAUGUUUAUGGCUAUGAAGAGAAGUUGAUGGGGACUGCUGUGAUCUCAAUGCCCAACCCGAGCUUCUAUUCUUGUGAGAGUGACGGGGAUGAAGAAGGCAGAACAGAAUGCAACUGCGUGGAUAAGGAUUCCAUCAGAUGUGUUCAACAGCACGUUCGGGAAGCACGUGAAAAGUUGAUGAAGACUGUUGGAAAUGAAACGUUUGUGAACCUGGGGUUUGGUCACAUGGGAGAGGAGGUUGCACUGAAAUGGAGUGAAGAAGAAGAAGAUUUAUUUCAUGAAAUUGUAUACACGAAUCCUGCAACAUUGGGUAGAAACUUUUGGAAGCAGCUGUCAGCUGCAUUCCCUUCUCGAACAAAGAAGGAAAUUGUCAGCUAUUAUUACAAUGUGUUUAUUCUUCGGAGAAGGGCUGCUCAGAACAGAUCCAGAUUUCUUAAUAUUGACAGUGAUGAUGAUGAAUGUCCACCAAGCAAUAAUGUGGGCUUCUAUGGUUUCGAAGUUUCAGAAGAAGACGACUCUGCUAUUGAGUCUCCUGAUGAUCAAGAUGUCCAUGUUGGAAACCAAGUUAAUUAUUCUGAUGAUGAUGGUGAAGAUGAUAACAGUGACAACGGAACUGAUGGUGAUAUCACUGGUAUCAGUGGGUAUCACCAGGGAAACAGCACUGACUCCAGCUCACAGGUUGAGAGCUUGUCUGAACCUGUUCAACAAGUCAAUGAGACUCUGGGGAUAUCAAUUGGUUCAGGUGUUCAGGAUGAUUCCUGCACGUCCUUUGAGUGUCAGAUCAAUAUGGACGAGUCCUUCCCCUCAUGUGGUCAUGAAGAUGCUAGUUCUGCUUUGCAAGCUAGUGGAUUUAAAUGUGAUCAGAGCCCACUCAUGCCAGGUAUACUUGAUUUCUCCAGUGACACCAUGGAGCGUGUUUAUUUCUCAGAGCCUUGUGAUGCUAACGAUUGGUACCCAGGGUACUCCACCGGUCCGUCCUCUGAUAUUGACUUCUCGGCCACAUCCAAAUUAAUUGAAGAGUUUUUGGGUCAAGUUACUCCAGAUCGAAGGACCAAAAAUGACUGACUUAUUAGCUCCUGUGGUUCUUAUUAGCUACAGGGUGGUGUUUCUUAUUAGCUACAGGCUCAAGUUGGUUGAGGUUGCCAUUGAAGAUUUUGGAGCUAAUGGUCUGUUAUGGGCAGUGGUUUAGUUGUAAAAUACAAGUGUACUUGGCUGGAAAGCUUUUUAUUUCUCUCUUUCCCUGGAGAAAAUUUCUCUCUUGUAUCAGUUGAGGCGCCAAAUCUCUCUGGUGCUUCAAUUUCAGAACAUCACCAAAGAAUACCAAAUCUCAUGAGGCAUGUUCUGAAAUAGUUUUCCCAGUUAUUUUCUUUCUUGUUAGCGGGGGUGACGAGGGAAUGACAAUACAUUUGGCUAUAACUGUAUAUAUCCGACUGGACACACCAUUCCCAGAAAUCUUGGUUUUCACCCUCCAGUGUUUAUUUUUAUUUACAUUAUUUCCAAAUUUGUAUUUUAUUUUUCGGGGGAAGCACCGAAUUUGUAUGAUAAUGGAAGGCUGUAAGAUCAAUUAUUCUCCCAUAUACACUUUAGUGGCAUGAUUUACUUGUUC